UAGAAAACAUAAAGACUGUUUUCAUAUUGAAAAGGGGCCAAAAGCGUCGGGGGACAAUGUCGGGUUCCGUGGUCGAGUUCCAGGCGCAGAUAGCCUCAAUCAUGGAGGUGCUAGCCAACGCGGCUGUAGCCGAAAUCUGCAAAAUUGUUGACGAUGGCUAUGCCGUUGUACACCUGGAGAUGUCCCAAAGCCACAAGGACAACGAAUUUCUCCGGAGGAAAAUGAAAUUGAUGGAACUUCAGAUCUUGAGGUUUCGAGCGGAGAGAACAAAGUCUUCAGAGGGGUCCGUCCACAACCGCUUCCAUGGAAUACGCCUCCUAAACAGACACAACCAUCGAGAGACGGCAACGACAGGACCUACUUGGCAAAGCAGAGCCAGACUUUCCAACAGGAGUUUUGGGAACAGCAGCAUUCAAAGAGACAGACAGCCCAUAGACGUGGACCAAGAGGAUGUCUCUCCAUCAAAGCAUAUGGAUGCUACAAGUGAUGAGUCAGCAGAGACAGAGGAAGGGCAACCAGACCUGCUGAUCAUCAAGGUGGAGGGAGAAGCAGAUGACCAUCACUCUAGGAUCAGCCACCCAGCUAGAACAGUGGAGGGCAGCAGAGAACUAACCACCCAACCGGCUGCAGCCACCACAGAGGACUCCGCCUUCCAGCUCAGUGGCACCAGAGGCAACAACAACUACAACAACACCGCUAUGGAGCAGUCAGCAGAGACAGAGGAAGGGGAACCAGACCUGCUGAUCAUCAAGGAUGAGGGGGAAGCAGAUGACCAGGACUCUAGGAUCAGCCACCCAGCCAGAACAGUGGAGGGCAGCAGGGAACUAACCACCCAACUGGCUGCAGCCACCACAGAGGACUGCGCCUUCCAGCCCAGAGGCAACAUCUACAACAACAACAACUACAACAACACCGCUAUGGAGGUCAGUGGAUCUGACGCCGUCCUCCUCCAAUCAGAAACAGGGACUGUGAACCAGGGACCCCAGCAGCACACAGGAUUUGAACCCAAAGCAGAGAGACCGAGUCUGGACACAAAGUGUGACAUGAAUGGGGACCUCAAUCUCCUAAGAGAUUCUUUAAACCAGGUGUGGAGAGAGGUAGUAGUGACUGAUGAUGGCGCCUCUGCUGCUCACACUAAAGUAAUGGACCUAGGGAGUGGCCCAGUGGGCCUAGAAACACAGACUAGCUCAGACAUAGAAAUGAGAAGUGUAGGGUUAGAAAACCACAGGUUUUCCCCCAAGUCGUUCCAUUCUUCAUCAGAACAUGUGAUAGUGAUUGACUCUGUAUCCACUGGCCAGCAGGUAGAUAGAGGUUUCGAAUGGGGUCAGGUGGGUACAACUACUACACCACAGGACAAUGGGACUGGAAAUAAGCAGGGAGUGGGAGGGUUUAACAGAAAUGCACCAAUGAUUCGCCCCAAAUCGAUGAGCGACAACACAACACUUUUGGUAGCACCUGGUUUCCAUCCUCCAGAGAAAAAUACAGGCAUGCAUCUUGACACAGGAAAUGCAAGUGAGGCCAACAAAGAUAGUUGGUCUUCAUUGGCAAGCUUCCAUAGACACUCUGAAAUACCAGGAAGAGGAGUUCAACAACCAGUUCCUGCCUCACUUCCUGACGGUUAUUUUAGACCAAGCGCCACAACUUUCUCUCACUCCAGUAAUUUCGCCUCACACUUUAGACCUGGCACUGUAGAACGACCAUACGGUUGCCCGAGCUGCAAUAAAAAGUUUCUCCACGAGAGCGACUUACGGCAUCACAUGACCAUCCACACCAGAAAGCGGGCGUUCGCCUGCAUGUUGUGUGAGAAGAGCUUUGUGUCCCCCAGCAAGCUCCAAGUGCACCAGAACGUCCACACUGGGGAGAAGCCCUUCAGUUGUGCACAGUGCGGGCGCAGGUUCUCCCACUCCAGCAAUCUGAAAAGACAUCAGAAGCUUCAUCAUUGAGAACUGACAUGGAACAAGAGAUUCCUAUGUAAAAAAAAGCUAUGGAUUAGCAUUAUGUCAGUUCGUUUUAUAGCAACACGCUGUGAAAGUCCUGCCUACUUCCUGGAUCAUGUACCUUGCUUUUUUUUUAUGGGAUUCAAGAGUAAAUAAUCAAAUUCGUGAAAACGCUGUCAUUUGAUAUACAGUUGGGUCCAAAAGUAUUUGGACAGUGACACAUGUUGUUGUUUUGUCUCUGUACUCCAGCACUUUGGUCAUAUUUAUGAUUUUUAUGCCGAAAACUCUCACUCGUCAUUAUUCACGAUUCAUUCAUGAUUAUCUGCAAUCAUGGUAGCAUCCAUAUUAAUGUGGACGUGUUUAGAAACACAUUCUAUUCUUAUUUACAAUAAAAGUGACUCCAGAAUGACACAAUACAUGAUGUACCAUUCACAGCUUCUACCCUCAAGCCAUUAGACUGCUAAACUGUUCAUCAAACGGCUACCCAGACAAUUUGCAUUGACCCCCUUUUUUACACUGCUGCUACUCGCUGUU